AUGCCACGCCAUACACCGACCUUACAUCCUCACGCAGAGACAGGCGAUGUCAAUGAACCCGAAGCUGACAGGCCCAUUCGGCCGCUCCCUUUCACAGCAAACUCUUCUUCAGGUAAUGCCAUUCCCAAUCGCCUCAAAACUCGCCACAAGAACACAUACUCCCCUGCCACCGGCGCGAUCGGUGCUCCUACCGCUAAUCCGUUUUCUACGUCCAAUGUGCCCCAAUACACCGCGAAGUACCAUGACAUCUACUCCCAAUUCCUGCAGCGGUAUAGAUCUGGGCCCGAAGAGGAUCCUAGGAAUGAUCCUGACAGCCACUACUUUCACAGAGGCCUUGGUCAGUUAGUCGAUGCAGGAGGGGAGAGCGACGAGGAGGAGUUGGGCCGUCCUCUGUCCGGUGUUGCAGAUGUCCACGAUAAGUUCUCGUCUCUCAUGCUCGACUCUGACCCUAUCGAGCCCGAAACCGCCGAAGAUUUGGAGCGUUUAGAGUGGCAGACGAUGCUUGCUUCUGUGCUCGAUGGUGAUGUCCUCAAGUCUGAGAAAACACGCAUAGCAGUGGCACUCGCAUCAUCCGACCAGGAGUCCAAUAAUUUCCAUACAAAUAUUUGGAUCGAAAUGCGCGCUAAAGUCAGCGGAAGGUCGGAGGAAGAGGAGAGGAAGAAGUUGGAAGAACGUCGCCUGAGGACGGUCGACCAUGUCAUCCAUGAGGUACUAACAUUCCAUACGAAGGACAUAUUUUCCUCCCCAGACCCAGGCACAGCAGCUUUGCAGCAGGUCAAUGAGGUCAUUCGUCACCUGGAUGUCGUCCACUCUCUUUAUCCAAAUCUGAAGGCUUUUCAGCUUGAUAAACCCGUUGUCGCAGAUAGCGAGUUUCAAGCCUUGCGAGAUGCACUCAUCACUUGGUCUACGGUUUUCACGUCCCUGCGUUCACAAAUCAAUAUUUUGCAGAGAUGGACCGGCAGUGAUACGUUGGAUGUCACCGCCCCUGGCACCGGACCAAAUCAGGACUCUGAGACACAGGCUGAUGGGUCUUCGAUGGCGGAUGGGUCUACCUUUCUGGAACGUCUCCUGAAGGAAGAAUCCAUUCAGAUGACUUUUGCCAAGGGCUUCAUGACCACUGUUCAUUCUCUCAUUGGCACUGCUCGCGAUGCUCAAGUAAAUCUUGCCGCACAGUUCAAGAAACUGGGUCUUCCGACGUUCGAACGCGAACUCAUCCCUCUCAUCUCAUUCCCGACACAACUCGCGCAGGCUAGUCUCCGCGUUCGUUUAGAAUAUGCUCAGAAGCUCAAGGAUCCAGAAGUCAUCAUCAUCGACCAGAUGACCGAUGAUUUGAAGCUCAAUAUCGGAAUCGCAUGUACAUUAAAGCGACAGUACGUGGCAUUUCUGUCGCCGGACCCUGGCGGAAAUUGGGCCUUGCCUCCGUGCAUCAGCAAGGACUACGAUACCUCAGUUCUUGAAGCUUUGUCAUUUUUAUUCCGGCUAGUGCACUGGAAGCUAAAGAGUGGUGCCAGAGAUAUCUACUUCAAGGAAACAGAUGUUCUUGAAGCACAGUGGGCCACUUUCAAUGACGUCGCCUUGACCUCUGCCGGUGGAGCUUCUAUGGUUGCAGAACAACUCUGUGCGCUAACAAACAAACUCAUGGUUCGUGUUACCAACUUCUUCGACACGCAAUUGAAGGUCCCGACGGCGGAACAUACGGAGUCACGCUCAUCCACUAGUGGCAGGAAGGGUCCUGCGCCAUUGAAUGGCUCAAAAAACGGCAUGACCGAUGAGCAGAUGGUCAGCUGGUAUGGGAAGAUUCUUGACAGUGUCCGGCUACGAUACCGAAAGCUACAACGAUUUGUUCGGGUCCUCAAUCAAAGAUUCAGCAACUCGGCUGAGUACACCCUGGAAGGUGUCCCGAUCGAUGCUUUCAUAUCGCACCUUGUCGAAACCGACCAUUUUUUGGUAUACACGCAAACAUUUGAAGAGGAAGGCACAUAUAUCGUGGCGUCACACACCCUGCGCGACCAUCCCGACUAUAUUCGUCGAAUUCUAUUGGAGGCAUUUCAUGUCACCGAACUCUUAGAGGACGAUGGCAAGAAAGUAGUGGAAAUCUACGACCUCGACGCAGACUAUCCUGACGAAGCAGGGUACCUCCUCGUGCUAUCACCUCGAGAUCGUUUCCUCUGGAAUGGCCUCGUUCUCAUGUUGGAGAUUCCAAAGAUCGAGCUGGACCUGCGGGAUAACCGCGUGCGUCUUAUCGCUGACGGAACGCAGCACCGAUUGCUUUUGGCAAAGCAGGAGUUCACCGAGCUCUUCAUUUCGGUGGAUGAAGAUGGACAACCUGUUGAGACAGGUCUCAAGCCUUUGACAUGUCUCACCGACCAACAAGCCCACCUCCCUGCCGUGAACAGAGAACUACGGAAGAUUGGGCGCGCGACCAAUCGCUUAGCAGAAUCCAUCGUCGAGUCCGUGCACAGUGUGCGGGUAGCCCUUCGCGACGCAAUCAAGCGGCAGGAUUUGUUGGAGAAUUGGUAUCUAUUUGCAUCGGAACAUGGCCAGCACGUACAUAAAUGGAUGGACCGUUCUACGCUUGUCAAGUUCAACCGAAUGCUGAUCAAGCUCGCCAUCUCCUGGGUGUCCUUCAUCUGCGACGACUGCGACCCCAACGAUCGCAAGACGUUCAAAUGGGCCGUGAAUGCUUUAGAAUUCGCUCUCCAGCGCACGCGGCGUGACAGCAUCCUUCAGCUGCCUGACGACCAGUUUGAGAUGCUACGGCAGAAGGUCGCGACUUGUAUGACCCUUCUCAUCAGUCACUUCGAUAUCUUAGGCGCACGCUCCAGUGAGGCCUCGAGGGAUCGGGAGCUUUGGUUGCGACAACCAGCAGAGGACUCGCUCGAUGCUGAUGACGAGCUGCUGCGCUCGGCUACCUAUCCGUCGCUCAGAGGCCGAGCAGAUCAUGUUGUGUCAUCUCAAGGUUAUAUAGAUCCAUCCAUCAUCAAGUUCUGGGAGCGAACCACGAGAGCUAUCGAAAACUUGGAUAACCAACGAGCUGCUAUCACGACUGAGCAGCGCCUUGCAGGUCGUGUCCUUGAUGACGAAAAAUUGGGGGAUCGCACAUUGGUUUUCCUCGCCUCGUUCAGCUCCAAUAUAUCAAUACGAUGGCAGCAAGGCAGAUUUAUUGGCGCAGGCGCCUUCGGUUCUGUAUAUCUUGCUGUCAACCUGGACUCCGGGUCCCUAAUGGCCGUCAAGGAGAUAAAAUUCCAGGAGAUGUCGGGCCUCCCGAACUUGUAUACGCAGAUUCGCGACGAACUGCGGGUUAUGGAGAUGUUGCAUCAUCCGAACAUCGUCGAGUAUUAUGGAAUCGAGGUGCACAGGGAUAAGGUCUACAUUUUCGAAGAAUACUGCCAGGGCGGCAGUCUGGCAGCCCUGUUGGAAUACGGACGGAUAGAGGAUGAGGGCAUUAUCCAAGUGUAUACCAUGCAAAUGCUCGAGGGCCUGGCAUACCUGCACUCCAAGGGAAUUGUCCAUCGCGAUAUCAAGCCUGACAACAUCCUUCUGGAUCACCUCGGAGUGAUCAAAUUCGUCGACUUUGGUGCGGCCAAGAUACUCGCGAAGAACCAGAGGUCGAUGCAGCGCUCUCGUCGCUCGGCCGAAGGAGCUUUGGGUGGUGGUCUGGGAAUGAACAGCCUUACUGGCACGCCCAUGUACAUGUCGCCUGAAGUCAUCAAGAAUGACAAACGUGGCCGUCACGGUGCUAUGGACAUUUGGUCCCUGGGCUGCGUUAUUCUUGAGUUUGCGACAGGAAAGAAACCGUGGAGCAAUCUUGACAAUGAAUGGGCAAUUAUGUUUCACAUCGGCGUCGCUACACAGCACCCUCCGUUGCCAGAACCUGGCCAGCUGAGCGAACUCGGCAUCGAUUUCAUUCGACAAUGCCUCACGGUGGACCCGAUCCAGCGACCUUCAGCGACAGAGCUAAUGUAUCACCCGUGGAUGCUCGAGUUCCGGGAAGCCCUGCUUCAUUACGAGGAAGCCGAGAUGGCCACCAACCCACCCGCAGAAAUGCCGUCCGAGGAAGUCUUUGAAUCGGCCUCAGUCGCUCGUCAGGCCGCCAUCAUCCAGGAGAAAGAGGUCGAAGCAAUCAUGGUCAUGUCCCCAAGCAUGUCGCCUGUCGAGACUCCGAUAUCGAGAGAUCCCCCCUUGCUCGAAACCCAUGAUACCUUACAAACGCCAUCAUGA